CCCCGGCCCGCCGCGCGUCGCCAACGCCCCGGGACCGGAGCCUCGCGCCGCCCGCCCGCCGCGUUUCCCUGCUUCUCAGCCCGGAGCCAGCCGCCGUUCCUCAGUUCGCUCCUCACAGCCACGACAGAGAGGUGACGGCCCGAAGAGGAGAGCGCCUGGCGGCCAGCCGCCUUCCCACUCCCUGGACAGGCGGGAGGAGCGGUGGAGUCACGGAGUUGAUGGGAACUGUGGAGGCACUCCGGUCCAGCCCCUGCCCCAGCCAGUGAGGGAGGCCCUUGCACACGGCUCCCUGAGACCCUGCCCGCCUGCCCCGUGCUCGGAACCACCAGGGAUGAGCCACCUCCUGACAGCCCCUUCUGCUGUUCCUUAGAGGGACAGGCCACUGCCUCCACCCCCGCGCUUCUGUCAGCCUCAGUGACUCUGACCUUAUUUCUGCUUUAUGGUGAGGGAACCCUCUUCCUAGCUUACAGUAACGCUGUCCCCUUCUUGGCUCUUUGUGCUUAUGAUCAGGCUCUUUCUGAUCCCAGGGAAAGGACCUCGGUGUUGAUCCUUGUUUGGAUCUUUCCCAGAUGUGAAGGUCCCUCCCUGGGCACUGCUCUGCUCAGACCAACAUCUGGUUGCCCAGGGGUCCUGGCUCACCCCAGCACAGGCUCUUUCUUGGAGAGGGCCCAGCCCCAGCCCUACCUGCUUCCCCGGGCAAGGCUGCCAGGCCUUCCCCCAGCGUGACUCUUUGGGUAACUGAUGGUGUGAGUGACACGUGGCUGGCUUCGGUGUUUGGAGAGUGAACACCGGGUACCCCCUCCCCUGCUCCUCCCCACCAACCUCUGGGACGCGCCCAGCUCCACAAUGGCAGCGGAGACCCUCAACUUUGGGCCUGAGUGGCUGAGGGCUCUUUCCAGUGGUGGCAGUGUGGCCUCCCCACCCCCGUCCCCCGCCAUGCCCAAGUACAAGCUGGCCGAUUAUCGCUACGGGCGCGAGGAGAUGCUGGCCCUCUAUGUCAAGGAGAGCAAGGUCCCUGAUGAGCUGCAGGACAAGGAGUUUGCUGCCUUGCUGCAGGAGGAACCGCUGCAGCCCCUCGCGCUGGAGCCGCUGACUGAGGAGGAGCAGAGAAACUUCUCCCUGUCAGUGAACAGCGUGGCCGUGCUGAGGCUGAUGGGGAAAGGGGCUGGGCCCCCCCUAGGUGGCGCCUCCCGUGGCAGGGGCAGCACGCGGAGCCGAGGCCGCGGCCGCGGUGACAGUUGCUUUUACCAAAGAAGCAUUGAAGAAGGUGAAGGGGCCUUUGGCCGAAACCCCCGGGAGAUCCAGCGUAGCCAGAGUUGGGAUGACAGAGGCGAGAGGCGGUUUGAGAAGUCAGCCAGGAGGGAUGGAGCACGCUCCGGGUUCGAUGAGGGAGGGGCUGGCCCAAGGAAGGAGCACGCCCGCUCAGAUAGCGAAAACUGGCGUUCUCUCCGAGAGGAGCAAGAGGAGGAAGAAGAAGGCAGCUGGAGACUUGGGGCAGGACCCCGGCGAGACGGUGACCGCUGGCGCUCCACCAGCCCUGAUGGCGGCCCCCGCUCUGCUGGCUGGCGGGAACAUGGGGACCGGCGUCGCAAGUUUGAAUUUGAUUUGCGAGGGGAUCGAGGCGGGUGUGGUGAAGAGGAGGGGCGGGGUGGGGGGGGCAGCUCUCACCUCCGGAGGUGCCGAGGGCCCGACGGCUUCGAUGACGACAAGGACGGGCUCCCAGAGUGGUGCCUGGACGAUGAGGACGAAGAAAUGGGCACCUUCGAUGCCUCCGGGGCCUUCUUGCCUCUCAAGAAGGGCCCCAAGGAGCCCAUUCCUGAGGAACAGGAGCUCGACUUCCAGGGCCUGGAGGAAGAGGAGGAAGAACCUUCCGAAGGGCUGGACGAGGAGGGGCCCGAGGCGGGUGGGAAGGAACUGACCCCACUGCCUCCUCAGGAGGAGAAGUCCAGUUCCCCGUCCCCACUGCCCACCUUGGGCCCACUCUGGGGAGCUAACGGGGAAGGCGAUGACCCAGUGGAGAAAGACCUGCCUGCAGCUGAAGGAGAUGACAUGAGGGGAAUGCAGCUGAGUCCUGGGGCGGGCUCACCCCCCGGCCCACCAGAUCUGGAAGAUGAUGAAGGCUUGAAGCACCUGCAGCAGGAGGCGGAGAAGCUCGUGGCCUCCCUGCAGGACAGCUCCCUGGAGGAGGAGCAGUUCACAGCCGCCAUCCAGGCCCAGGGCCUGCGCCACUCUGCAGCCGCCACUGCCCUCCCCCUCAGCCACGGUGCGGCCCGGAAGUGGUUCUACAAGGACCCGCAGGGCGAGAUCCAAGGCCCCUUCACGACCCAGGAGAUGGCAGAGUGGUUCCAGGCGGGCUAUUUCUCCAUGGCCCUGCUGGUGAAGCGGGGCUGUGAUGAGGGCUUCCAGCCACUGGGUGAGGUGAUCAAGAUGUGGGGUCGCGUACCCUUCGCCCCUGGUCCAUCACCUCCCCCACUGCUGGGGAACCUGGACCAGGAGCGGCUGAAGAAGCAGCAGGAGCUGGCGGCGGCCGCCUUGUACCAGCAGCUGCAGCACCAGCAGUUUCUCCAGCUGGUCGGCAGCCGCCAGCUUCCGCAGUGCGUGCUCCGGGAAAAGGCAGCUCUGGGAGACCUGCCGCCGCCACAGCAGCAGCAGCUCACCGCAUUCCUGCAGCAGCUCCAAGCUCUCAAACCCCCCAGGGGUGGGGACCAGAACUUGCUCCCGACGAUGAACCGGUCCUUGUCGGUGCCAGACUCGGGUUCCCUCUGGGACAUACAUACCUCAGCCUCACCACAGUCAGGCGGUGAGGCCAGUCUUUGGGACAUACCAAUUAACUCUUCGACUCAGGGUCCAAUUCUAGAACAACUCCAGCUGCAACACAAAUUCCAGGAGCGCAGAGAAGUGGAGCUCAGGGCGAAGCGGGAGGAGGAGGAGCGCAAGCGCCGGGAGGAGAAGCGCCGCCAGCAGCAGCAGCAGCAGGAGGAGCAGAAGCGGCGGCAGGAGGAAGAGGAGCUGUUCCGGCGCAAGCAGGUGCGGCAGCAGGAGCUGCUGCUGAAGCUGCUGCAGCAGCAGCAGCAGGCGGCGGCCGCCGUCCCCGUGCCUCCUGCACCCAGUUCCCCGCCCCCCCUGUGGGCCGGCCUGGCCAAGCAGGGCCUGUCCAUGAAGACGCUGCUGGAGCUGCAGCUGGAGGGCGAGCGGCACCUGCAUAAGCAGCCCCCGCCUCGGGAGCCAUCGCGGGCCCAGGCCCCCAACCACCGCGUGCAGCUCGGGGGCCUGGGCGCCGCCCCCCUGAACCAGUGGGUAUCUGAGGCCGGGCCACUGUGGGGCGGGCCCGACAAGAGUGGGGGCAGCAGCGGCCUGGGACUCUGGGAAGACACCCUCAAGAGCAGCGGGAGCCUGGCCCGGAGCCUGGGCCUGAAGAACAGCCGCAGCAGCCCCUCUCUCAGUGACUCGUACAGCCACCUGUCCGGCCGGCCUGUGCGCAAGAAGACGGAGGAGGAAGAGAAACUGCUGAAGCUGCUGCAGGGCAUCCCCCGGCCCCAGGACGGCUUCACCCAGUGGUGUGAGCAGAUGCUGCACACACUGAGCACCACGGGCAGCCUGGACGUGCCCAUGGCUGUAGCGAUCCUCAAGGAGGUGGAAUCCCCCUAUGACGUCCACGACUAUAUCCGUUCCUGCCUGGGGGACACGCUGGAAGCCAAAGAAUUUGCCAAACAAUUCCUGGAGCGGAGGGCCAAGCAGAAGGCCAGCCAGCAGCGGCAGCAGCAGGAGGCUUGGCUGAGCAGUGGCUCCCUGCAGACAGCCUUUCAGACCAACCACAGCACCAAGCUCGGCCCCGGGGAGGGCAGCAAGGCCAAGAGGCGGGCGCUGAUGCUGCACUCGGACCCCAGCAUCUUGGGGUACUCCCUGCACGGACCUUCUGGUGAGAUCGAGAGCGUGGAUGACUACUGACCAGCCCGUCCCACCAGCACCCUGGGCUGUAGGCCAGGGGUAGCAGCAGCGGCUUGGACCCCUCGGUCCCCAGUCUGCAGGCUCCUCACGGGGAGCAUAGGAGGAAGCAGGGGCAGGGUCCCCAGCACUUGUUACAAACCACACGAUGCACCUUAACUCACCCACCACGAGGCACUUUACAGAUUGGGGGAAGGGUUUUUUUUGUUUGUAUUUUUGGUUUUAAUUUUAAAUGACAUUGAAGGAAACAUAGGAGACAAAAAAAAAAUGGUUAAGAAGUAGACUCUAAGCACUCCCUUUCCCUUUGUCGGAUAGUGGGAGUGAUAAUGGAAGAUCCACAGAGGUUUUUGUUUUUUGGGUUUUUUUUUUUUUUUUUUUUAAGAAAAAAGAAAAACAACAAAAAAAAAAAUGGUUAGGAGACUGAAAGUAAAAACACACUGUUAUCUGGGGCACUGGGGACAUGGCCCACGGACCUUUCUGCCUGGCCCCCGAGGCUGCACUUACCCUCCCCGCCCCAAGGCGGGCCACUGGGGUAACUGGAAGCUGGGGCGCCAGCAGUUUGCACAGCGAGGCCCCCUCAGCCCCGCCGGCCGGACCCGCUGUGAACGGCCCCCCUGUGCUGUGACUGGCAGAGGUGUCUGGGGCCAGGGGGCCUGGCCAGAGUAGCCCCUUGGCUUUGCUGCUUCGGGGAAAGUUGCACAAAUGCGUGAGGCCGCCUCGGCGCCCCAGGCGGCCAUCCUGCUUCAGCCGACGGAGUGAAUGGGAGAAGGCCUGUGGUGCCAACCUCAUCUGGCUGUCGUCAGGCCGGCAGAACUCCCACUCUGGCCCUGGUGAGGGGCGUCCCCAGCCGCUGCCAUUCGGGGGGCCGGCCUGGGUGUGAAGCUGAGAGGCCCGGCUCCCUGCCUUGCCACAUGAAUGUAUUCCCUGGGCCACGAGCCCCUGCUGCGCCCCCGCCUCAACCCUGAGCAAGGCUGGGGCAGAGCAGUUCCUCCAGGAGCUGGAGAGAGGCGCCACUCAAUGACUGUUGUUUCUCCUGUGAAGGGGGCUAGAGGCGGGGCUGAGGAGGCCCUGGGAGUGGGCCGCUGGGGGCUUCGGGUUGCAGCGGGAGCCCCCCCCACCUGCAGCCACCUGUGUGGGAUGUGGACCACCCAGCUCUGCCCUGACCCCUCUGUUGACCAAACGGGAGUGGAGUGAGUGACUGCUCCCUCCCUGCUCCCCUGACGUUUUUUAAAUGUUGGGUGGGGGGGGGGGGCGGUGUCAAGAACGGGAGUGUCUCUCUCCUGGGUCGGGGUAGGCUGCCCUUCAACUUCUUAUUCCUAAUCACCUACCUAGGUUUGUCUCCAUUCGUGGGUUUUCUUUUUUUAAGUUUGUUGUAUCUUUUGAGUUUCUCAUCUAACUUCUCCCAUGGACCUCAUUGCUCAGAGCGCAGUAUUAGGGCAAGAUUCUGCCACUGCCUCCCCUCCAUGAAUGUAUUUAUCCUUCCUGCCCUGGGGAAAUGGGGAGUAGCCCCCGUUUUCUUUCCCCAUCUAUCCCCAGAGAGACGACAUUUUUUUCUUUUUUUUUUCUUUUUGCACCAAAGUGGCAACUGGGUCAGUGUCGGGGGAUAAAGCUGGCCUCGGGGGUGGAGGGGCCCCCUCCACCUGCUUCUCCCUGGUUUCAACAGUGUUAGCGUCCGUGAAAAGACAAUAUUGUAUUCUCUCUAAAGCAAUAAGGGGGUGAUGGGCCAGGGGGAAACGUCUUGCUGCUGCUGGCCCCCCAGCUCCCCCUUUCCUCAAGCCAGUGUUUGGUGGCAUUAGAGGUGUGGGGGGAGUACUGUUGUGACUGAAUGUAACUGCCCCCGCCCCUGCCACAGCCAAUGCAGGGGGAGGGGGGGGUGACACUCUUCCCCGUCUCUUCCUUCCCCUUCCCCCCCCAGCUAAAGAGACUUUGAAUUUAGGGGGCCCUUGAGCCUGGAGAGGCCUUAACCCUGUGAGGAAGUGUAGGGGGAGCCCUCUCCCACCCCCAUCCCCUUCUGAGAGUGGUCAAUGUUUACAAGCCCCUGAGCCCCCCAGCCCAGGGACUCUGCCCCUUGCUGUCCUUCCCCAGCCCGUCUUCCUGGGCCCCUGCUGCUCGCCCGCCCGUCCUGGGGUUGGGGUGGGUGCAGGGGCCAUUCUGUAACCUGUCGUCUGCCUUGUACCCACAAUCUCCCCCACCCCAUGUGACCCCUUCUCUUCUACCUGCCUCUGUAAAUACUUCCUCCCAAUAAAACUUGGUGUGUGUUCUCCCCA